UGUUCUGGCUGUACUUUCCUCUUUACUUACAUACAAUAAACAGCAGGAGACACAAAAGCAGACACUAACAGAGUAUUUUUACCAGCAGUAACAGUCAUGAGUUCAGCUCUGUAUCUGAUCCUGCUUUUCUCAGCUCUGUGGACUCUCUCCUUCUGUGGGACUCGUCAGUUUCAUGUGGUGAACGUAAAUAAGAACUGGACUGACGCUCAGAAAUACUGCAAAGAGAAAUUCACUGACCUGGUAACCAUUGAGAGCCAAGAGGAAAUGGACGCUCUGACAGCUCUUCUCAAUGGGAAAACGGGCCAUUUCUGGAUUGGACUGAGACAGAAAGAAAACGCGGACAACACUCGUUUACAAGGAGCUGCUGCUGGGCCGCCGACAGGGGGGGUCAAUAGGUGCUGGAUCUGGUCAGAUGGGAGUAACUUCUCAUACAGCAACUGGAACAGUAAUGAGCCAAACAACCCUGGCACUGAUAACUGUGGAGAAUUAUGGAGUAAUAAAUCUUACAGGUGGAAUGAUGCAAGCUGCAGUCACACAAAUCCAUCUGUCUGCUAUAAAAAGAUUCCACUCAUCCUGAUUAAUCAGACCAAGACGUGGAGAGAAGCUCUGAGAUACUGCAGAGUGAAUCAUGUGGAUCUGGUCUCUGUUCACACUGAGGAAAUUCAGCACUGGGUGGAAACAGCUGUUUAUUAUGCCUCCACUGCUAAUGUGUGGAUGGGUCUGCAUCACACCUGCACCCUGAGCUUCUGGUUCUGGGUGAGUGGAGUGUCGAUCUGCUACCAGAACUGGGCUCCGGGGAACGGGACAGGGGUGGAAGACUGCAGUGGAGGAGAAAGAACAGGAGCGAUGCAGUCUGGAAGUAAGCAGUGGGUCAGUCUGCCAGAGGAUCAGAGACUCAACUUCAUCUGCGCUGUUGAGGAGCUCUAGAAGAGGAUGCAGGCUGUUCAACUGGAUCGUCACAGUUCAGGAUCAUAAUGAUAUUUGAUAGCCAUUUCUUCAUCAUGAUGAUUCUGAUGUGUUCUUUAACAUUCAA